UAUAGGACAUAUACAUACAUACAUAUAUUCACAAUAAUAAUCUAUCUAACAUAUAUGUAUAUGCAGACACAUGCAUCUGCAUGUGUAUGUGGCUGGGUGUGCAAUAUGUCAACACCAGGGGGAUAGCAUAUGUAGCUUUUUUGUUCCGUUUUGUUUUGUUUCCAUAAAUCCCCACGUAUAAUGGCUGGGGAAGAGGGAGAAGAGUGGGGAGACAAGAAACCAAACUAAACUUCGUUUUUUUAAAAAAAAUACCAGUAAAUCUUCACAUUGAGCAUAAUUCGUAUAUCUGUACUAGGCUGGUCACAAGUUAAACACUGUAGAGUAGGAGCCAAACUAUGGUCAGCAACAAGGCACAUGGGCUAAAUAACAUGGUGUGUACUUCCAGCUAUCUUCUUUUUUGGUUAGAAACUUUAUUUUAUUUUCCUAGUGACACUCAAGGGAAGCCUUAAUGUUAUAGAAGAUGAAUACACGAGCUUUUUUUUUUCCAGUUGUACUCUCGUUUAUGGCUUUAUUGCCACCAUUGAUUACUUUGCUUUGUUACACAGAGGAAAAAGAUCAUAAAAUCCUUUGGCAUCCGGGUUCCUGUUAUAGCUAGGGGGGAAAUAUAGCUUUCCCCCUCUUCCUUGUCAACUAAAAUCUUUUAGGGGAGACAUCGCUAAAAAGGAAUUAAGUAUAUUGAGUAAUAGCAAGAAAACACCUUCAGAUGUUCGAAUUUUUACCCUGCAACUUUGAGCCUGCAUCUCACCAGACCACUCUACACACGUCCUAAAUUUAAAAUAAAAUGUGUACGUGAAGAAAAAGGCCAAGGGUUUCCUGGCAUAAUUGAAUUUUUAAAUAGCAAGCCACGAGAAUGAUGAAUAUACCUUGCAAUAUUUACAGAUCAGCAGGUAUGUUUUACAUUUAAGGAGCAAUUUAUGAGACUGGAUUGAAAUUAAAAUUAGAUUAGCUGCCUUCAUUUCAAUUAGUUCUAGAUGCAAUUCACCAAGAGAAGAGAUAAUAUAAUCCUUUUUAAUCUAACUAAAUAUUUGCAAAGGAAGUUUCCUAAAUCUGUUGUAAAUAUCUGAAACCAUAAAUUUCUGUAAACGUAAACACGAGGUGCUGUCCUCAACCAAUACCUCAUAAUGUACUUAAAUUGCAAAUAGGAAAAGUAUAAGUUUUGUUGUGGUUCCUGUUGAAAAUGUAAAUAUAUUCUAACAGUACCAACCAUUGAAAAUUACAAGGGAAAUAUUCAGGACAGGAAUGUCAAACUGCACUAAAAGAGAACAUCUAACUUCCAGACUAACGUGAAUUCGGAAUGUUGUCUUUUUUUAUUGCAACUUCCUUCCAAAUCCAUAGUUCAGGAAUGCUCUAAAAGCCACAUUAUCAGUUGAGCAGUCGCCAUGUUUUUUUUCUUUUUGCUCCCUUUAUGUGAUAUUUUCUCAUAAAGAACACAACCACUUGAUUCCAUAAUAUUGACCAAUGCUCCAUGAGAAAACGAAGAAAGAUGGAUAAUUUCUGAAUUAAUAUUCUGUGGGCACCUGAGAUGUAUUACUUUGAAUUCUGGGCUAUUUUGUUAUCAGAUAUCAGGAAACCAUAAAAAAUUCUGUGCUUCAAAAGCUCAGUGUUAAAAAAAAAUAAUAAAAGAGAACGAGCGAGAGAGAGAAAGUUAGAUUUGGUUGUGAAAUUUUCAAAUUUAAUUCAGAUGUGGUUUUUCCCUAAGAGUCCCCCCUUUCAAAAUCUCCCCCCACGCACUUAAUAUUUGCUCUCCUUCUUCUAAGCCAUCUUAUAUUUAGAAUUUUCAAGACUUACUUUCAAUGCAUACUUAGUUUCAACUGGGGAAUCAACACAAGCAAAAGCAAUUUUUCCCUUUCUUGACAUCUAGCUUCCUAUUGGCUCAAAUCAGGUCAGCUGACUUUGUCAUUUUGUCUGUCCUGGAGUAGAGCCUUCCCUAUAACAAUCUAGUUCAGACUACAAACUGGAGACAGAAAUAAAUAUUAAAGAAAUCAUACACCCAGGUAUAGAGGAAGAUAUGAAUUCCUAUUUUACAAACCCAUCGUUAUCUUGCCAUCUAACCAGUGGCCAAGAUGUGCUACCCAAUGUAGCUCUCAAUUCAACGGCUUAUGACCCCGUCAGGCAUUUUUCUACCUAUGGAGCAGCCGUUGCUCAAAACCGGAUUUACUCUUCUCCUUUUUAUUCACCGCAAGAUAAUGUUGUGUUUAGUUCCAGCCGAGGACCAUAUGACUAUGGAUCUAAUGCUUUUUACCAAGAAAAAGACAUGCUUUCUAGCUGCAGGCAAAAUUCUAUGGGACACAAUACACAGACUUCAAUUGCACAGGAUUUUACCAGUGACCAAAACAGGAACACUUCGCAAGAACAAAAAACUAGCAUUCAAAUAUAUCCAUGGAUGCAGCGCAUGAACUCGCACAGUGUUUGCUUUGUUUCUGAAUCCCUAGGAGUCGGCUAUGGAGCGGAUCGUAGAAGGGGUCGCCAGAUCUAUUCCCGCUACCAGACCCUGGAACUGGAAAAGGAAUUCCACUUCAAUCGCUACUUGACAAGGCGGAGGAGGAUUGAGAUCGCCAAUGCACUUUGCCUAACGGAGCGUCAGAUCAAAAUCUGGUUCCAGAACAGGAGGAUGAAAUGGAAAAAAGAAAGUAACUUGAGUUCCACUCUGUCUGGGGGAGGCGGCGCAGGCGCUGGGGCAGCUGCAGAUAGCUUGGGUGCAAAGGAAGAGAAGCGAGAAGAGACAGAGGAGGAAAAGCAAAAGGAGUGAAAAUUGACGGCUCAGCCCCUCAUGCCCCCCCUACUCCCCACUCCCACCCCUCCCCACAUACACUCUAUAUUUAUCACUGGCACAAGUUAUAUGUUUGGCUACAUUAAAAAAAAUAAGAGCCAAACGUGGACAUGAAAGACAGACCUUCCCCCACACUCAACCUCCCCCACACACACACACUCUCCAAUAUUCAGUUCAUAACUUGCUCCACAAUCCCUUUUAGGUUUUGGCUAUAAACCCUCACCUACUCCCCCAUCUUGCCUAUUUAUCUAACUUUGAACACAGUUUUCUUCCUAAAAAGAAAUUGGCUUGCAGAAGGCAGAACACCCUGUAGUGUUGCCUAGUUGUGUUGGGAUGAUCCUUGUAAGAUGGACUCUAUGCAGUUGUUUUAUUAUUAUUAUCCAGAAAACGAGUUUCCCACCAUGUUGAAAAUAAUUCCCUGAAAUCUCUUUCCACGUAAAUAUAGCAUUUUCAAGAGUAACCUAAUUGUAUUUAAACACUACCUGGGCUCAUCAUUGCAAACUGUGACAGUUUAUGUGUGAAUAUUUUUAGCUGUAUUUGUGGUAUCUGUAUUUAUAUUUAUGUUUAGCACUGUAAUGUUCAACAGUAUAAAGUGAAUGGAGGUCUAUAGCAGUAGAAAAAAAAUCUUGUGUUACACCCUCUCAUGUAUAAAGAUCAUGUCCAGAGGACUAUUGUUGAGUAUUUAAUAAAACUGAAUAUUAUUUUUAAAGUUUACAGACUGGCCUCUGAGAUUCAAUUGGAACCCCUCAUGUUGAUAACAGCCUGUUAGAAAGUUCACUUAUUUUCUCUGUGUUUUUCCUAACAAUCAAAUUCCUUUUUCCUCCCCCCCCCCACCUUCUCCAUACUUCUCUCAUUCAAAGGUAUUCCAAAAGGGGAAGUAUACAUUUUGCUUUGUCUCCUUUAUUUAGUCUUGUUACUGUAUUGUUAAAGGGCAUCACAAAUCUGUGCCAUACCUCUCGA